AAUGUAGGUUAUUUUGUUGCUUGUUACCGACUAAGUUCAUUGUAACGUUCACUCACAAUAUUGCAUAUUAUGUCACAAUAUGGCGGCUUUGACCGGAAGAAGGGAAAACGUACUUUAAACGCAUUUAAACGCAGCAAGUAAGCAAUGCAUGCAAACAAACAAACGAGGAAUAACACUCAUACACCACAAUUAGAUCCUCAGGUCGCAUACUUUGGAAUUGGAAGAUAAAUAAUUAUUCAGUCUAAAGAAAUAAGAAGUAAAAUGUGUAAAGAAAAUAACAGGGGUCCUCAAAUGACCACACUACAUAUGAUAAAACCUACUAAAGCUUGCUGGAGCAAGCCAUUGACUCGGUCACAGCGUAAACUGGUGACUCAAGCUCUUUCAGUUUGUUCGACUGCAUGUGGCGCUGCAAGAACCGACAGGCGGAUGACGUCAAAGCACUGCACGAAGUUGAACAACCCGUCUCUUCCUUGUGUCCUCCUCAGUGACACACCCUUGAAAAUACAGCAGGGUUCCCCAAAUCUUAGCCUGGAGGGCCGGAGCACUGCAGAGUUUAGCUCCUACCCUGAUCAAACACACCUGAGCAAGCUAAUCAAGGUCUUCAUGAUCACUAGAAAAUCACAGGUAGGUGUGGUGAACUGGAAAGCAUUUAAUGAGAACUACAGAACCCUGUACACGAUUCCUUACUCAAUAUCCAGAUGCCUCCAGUGUGACACCUUGUACAAGAAUCAUGGAGCAGGCUACAGAGGUAGAGGACAAAGAUGCGUGUUGCAGGGUUUUAGUCCUGUGAUGACUGCGAGGGAUUUUGUGGAAUCGACACAUCGUUUUUAUGAGGCUGGAGGAAAAGUAAUCUAAUUUGAAACUAUGGGGGUGGUUUCCCAGACAGGGAUUAUCUUAAAGCAGGACUAGACCUUAGCUUAAUUAGAAAUUAUAACUAGUUUUUACAAACAUGCCUUACUAAAAACAUUACUUCUGUGCAUUUUGAGGCAAAACAAAGGGCACUGAUGUAUUUUAAGAUAUGUUAUUUCAAGUUGUUUUCAGUUUGGGCAGCUCUUACAUUUAUUUUAGUCUAGUACUAGUCUAAUCCCUGUCCGGGAAACCGCCCCUAGAUGUUUUUAUUGCACACCUUUUAGAAUAUUUUGCACUUAAACUGAGAAUUUGUUUUUUGGAAUGUAACUAUGCGAUCAAUAAACUGAUCCUAAUGUUGUUUUUGUUUUUUGUCACCUUUAUCUCUUGUAUAUUCAUUUCUACUUUUUAGUUUCUGUUUUUAUUACACUUCUCUAAGAGAAUAUUACAUUUAAAAUAAUUUGUUUUAAGUGUUAGACUAUGAGUUUGGCUAUAUGGUUAGUCAAUAAACUGAUCCUAAUGUUUAA